AUGUGUAGACAUCAUGAUGUAAACACAAAGUAUUGGCGAAACAAGGACGUCUUUAACUCCACAGCAUCACGGAUGGUCGAAGAGAAUGCCAUAUUGCGUGAUUUUGAUCUGAACAAGCCCGAUGUAUCCUUGGAAUUGAAGAUCGGGAGUGCUGGCGCCACGAACCACUGUAUUGAUAAAGACGCGAAUUUCUGGGGACCUACAGGAUCGAAUUACUCCCUGAAAGCAUCCCAAUACCUACAAAAUGUUGAAGAAUAUGCAAGCAAUCCCUCUUCUGGCCAAUUCGGAAUAUUUUGUCGGAGCCUUUCUCGUCUGUACAGGGCAUACCUGUGGAAACACCAGGUGCAGAAAAUUAAGGACCUGGCUAAACUGAAUAUGCGCGCUGUUAUCAAGCUUUUGGAGAUACAAGAUUACGAAUCUGCUAAGCGUGCAAUUUUGUUACUGUUCAACGAGACAAGUCCGAGCUCUCAUUCAACGCUGGACCACGUACUCAAAGCAGACUUCACCACUUAUAACGACCAUUAUUUGGGAGCACUGAAAAUCUUGGUUUUGCAAACCUUGAUUCGAAGCAAAGGAUACCAACAACACGAACACACAAUUAUUCAGAUUUUUGAGAGAGAUGCUCGCUAUCUAUUGAGAAUGAGCAAAUCAAAAGUGCCAUCUCUGCUGAAGCUGGUUCUUAGCUUUUAUUCGAUCUUCGUGGACUUCAAAGUCCUCUUCGGUAUCAAAGUUCUACAGUAUGUCAGGCAAUUUGAUUUAAACUUUGUUAGUUAUGUUAAAAACAUGACACUACAGCAAUUCCAAAGUCAAGUUCAGGCAUCGGCCCAGAGAUCUCUCCUCAAAAGUGCAAGCCAUCUAGCCAUCUUUUACGCCGAUUACUCAAGAAUUUUCACUUCAUCAGACAAAUUGAUGCUUCCCGAUCUCAUUGGAAAUACAGAAGCAAGCCACACGUCCAAAGUCUCCAGCAUCAUGAAUGAGCUACUCGUGGCUUCAUGGAGCCGCUCAAAAAAAAUAUUCUCACAACCGCUGUCAUUAAAGGAACAAAGCUCACUAAUAGACUCAGUCGAAACUAAUAUAAGCGAGAAAGUCUCUGAGGUACCCAAGACAGCAGCCCUGCUGCUCAACUUCAUGGAAUUCGCCAACACUAAUUUUAGUUCAGGUCUCCGACAAGUAUGGAGACUUAUUGACAAAAUAACGCUUUUUCUGAAUACCCACCUAUCUCGUAUUACCUUACAUGUUUUGAAAGAGCUGAUUUUCAGUACCUCCGAGUUUUGUGUGAACAAUGGGGAAAUAAAAAGAUUGUUAAACAUCGCCAAUGUCGCUUUCAAUGGUUUUGUUGUUCAUAACGUCGGUGCUUUUCUUAUGGAAGCUACACGCCUAGACCUUCUAGGCCAGAUGUUUUCAGAGCAUGAAGAGAUGAAUCUUGCAAAGCUAGAAAGAUUUCUCACCAGUGCAUCAGCAGAGCAUCAAAUCCUACUUUUGGAGAAAUACUUCAGUAUUUUUACCUUUUUCAAGUUCGAUAAACUAAGCCAGAUUACUCGUGCCGUGGGAAAGUUUUCUAGGUGCUUCAAAUGCUUGAAAAAUAAACCGUUGCAGGAAUUAAAAGGUGCAUCUGAGCUCAUGUUGUGUCUAUUGAAUCCAAAUCUUUUUCCAGAUCUCGGCUCUAUUGAACAUUGGAGUCCUCUUACGCAAAUGAUCUUUGAAACACAGCGUGGCUGUAUGAAUCGGGACAAUAUCCUAAACCGAAUGGCAGAAUCUCUGGAUCCUCUCAGACCUUACACCACUUUGAUAAAAACAACAUUUGCCCUGGAAUUAGAGACAAGAGCGGAUACGUCUCUCAAACUGGCUAGAAUAACCGAUGUGUACAUUGAAAGGUGGGUCAAAAGAGCGGAAGGUAUUGAUGAAGCACUAACCGCUCUUGAGCUUUCGCUUAUUCAUGCGCUUUUUGGAGUUUUACGCUUCAACAGGUUCUACAGUAAGAUGAUGACUCUAGCCAACGCACUACUUUCCCAGAAUGGUAAUUUCUAUGAAAAGUGCCAAACAUAUUCCCAACGGCAAUGGAUUAUUGGCCGCGCUGGUCUUCGAUUAGACGACCAUAAUGACAGCACAAUCCCCUGUUUGCAAACCGUGAUAGAUGUCUCCACCGCGGGUGCCACCGAGUUGACUGAAUUUCUUGAUAUUGAGCUUCAAUCAAUAGAGAAAGAUCUCAAAGUUGCAGAAUUCAAUCAAUUAUUCGCUCAUGACCUUCCAAGAUUAAGAUCCGAAGUAUUUGAUACCGCUAAUGCAAGAAAGAUGCCAACAAGAACAUAUGUCAAGUUCCUGUUGCUUUCUAUAAAAACCUUAUGCACCAGCUCCGUUUUGCAGCGAUAUUGUGGCAAUUUACAGGAUGCGCUUGUUGAUUCUAAAAGAGCUUUAAAGCUAUGCCAAACCCUUUUGAGAAAAUUGGCACAUAUUGAUCAAGAAGCACAAUGGGAAAUAUUCACAUCUUUGUGCAAGACUUACAAACAGAUUGUUGAUAUCUAUGCCCAAGCGAGUAUUUCUAGAGAUUGUGAAUUUUAUGUUGAAGAGUUUCUCAAAGUUUGCUGCUCUACUAGUUCACCAAUAGUGAUCUUUGAUUGUCUUAACAUCUGCUUAGAAUACUACCGACUUACUGGACAGGAGAAAUUAGCAGAUGCUCUCUUGAGAAAGGCUAAUGAUACCUAUAAGCGUAUCGAUAAUAAAGAAUGCUCAGAGGCCAAGCUUUGGUUUCUUUUCGACAAUGAUGAGAAAGAAUGUCUGACAGCUCAACUUAAUAUCAUGCAAACAACAAACAGGUCACUCUAUAACGCAUGGUCGCUGAAGCUUGGAAACACUUUAUCAAAUGCGCAAAUCAGUGCUUCGCACAGUAAAGUGAACGAUAUGAACAAAAGCAAAAUUCUUUAUGAGAGUAUUGUUCACCAGUUGGACGCGGAUCCAUUUUUUAGGAGUUUAAAAGAUGUUGUUUCCACAGUUCCAUCUUCUGUGACAGCGGCUUUACAAGCUCAGAGCGCUCUUCCAAGAUGCAACAAUAACUCGACUCCUGUAAAAAGUAAACUGCCUCUUUGCGCUUUCAGCUCUCCCAGACCAUCUUCAUUAACUCCUCGAAGUAAGCCUUUGAAACAAAGCUUUGACUCUGCAAGAACAAUCCGUGAUUUUAAAAAGCUCAAACUGCUUGUCGAAACACUUGACUUGGAAGGAUUAAAAAUCUUUGAAACCAGAGAGAUUUCUGAUCUCUAUUCUCUAUCUCUUUCGCUUUUGAGCAGCACAGAUGCCACGAAACUGAGCGGGCCAGAAUUGAAUCACAACAUUGCGCUACAUGACAUUCCUAGAUAUCUGCCAUUAAAAUUUGACCGAAUGUUUUCAGCACAAGGCAAUGAAAUUUAUGGAUCUUUCAAACCCAAAGCCAUCCUCCAGGCGAAUCAUCUGUUCAGAGACCAUAUGGAUAGUCUUCAGAAUAUACUAAGCGAAAAGUCACAGAUUCUAGACACUAAAUUCGACGUGAUAGGCAUAGAUGUUUGUGGGGCGACUGGUGACCUACUGCUGUCCAAGAUGGACUUUGAAACAGAAUCGAUAUGUGUUAGAUUACCACUGGGGCGACAAAGCUCUCGAGACGUGGAUGAGUCGGUUUUAAGUUUCAAUGACGCUAUUGCCGAAAUGAACGACGUAAUAAGCGCUAACAAUAAAUCCACAGCAAUUGAGGUUACUUCUAAAAUAAACACGAAGGAGGAACGCAAAGAAUGGUGGCAGCACCGGUACGGGCUCGAUAGUAGACUGAGUACAAUGCUAAAAAAAAUCGAAAGUUCCUGGUUCGGUGGUUUUAAAGCUUUUUUCAAACAAAGCAUCGUCGAGCAGCAGCAUCUCGACAACUUCAGACUUAGAUUUGAAGAGGUACUGCAGCGCACACUGCCUACCAGAAAGCAGUUCAAAAGCCCAAACUCUUUUUUCAGAAUUGGCGACGCUGUUCUCGCUCUCUUUCUUAAGUUGGAUCCGUUGGAUGCAGACUUUGCCGAUUCCAUGGAAGAUCUUAUCUUUUUCGUUUUUGAUCUUUUGCUGUUCCAUGGCGAGCAAAACGCGUAUGACGAAAUCGAUACUGCUUUCUUGCACAUCCAGCUAGAAGAACUCAUACAUGAAUAUCGUAAAAACGGGAAUCAGGCUGCCAAAUUAUCUCACACUUUUUUAAUUGUAUCUGGUGCGGGCCAUUUGAUACCAUGGGAAAGUUUGAGCUUUUUGAGCGGCAAUUCUGUAAGUCGGCUUCCCUCAAUCCAAACCCUGGUUGAUGUGAUUAAAACCGGUCGAAACACUCUUUCGCCCAGAGUGCAGUUGGAUAAAAACUUGUCGGUGGUUUUAGAUCCUCAGGGAGAUUUACUGCGUACGCGAAACACAUUCAAGGAUGUCUUUGCCGACUGGAAUGCUAAUAUUCCACAAUCCAAAGUUGUAGUCGGUGAAAAACCCCAGGAAAGUCAGCUUCUUGAUAUGCUAAGCGAUUCAAAGCUAUUCAUUUACAUGGGACACGGAGGCGGUGAGCAGUACGUGCGUUUGAAAAAAAUCAAGCAGCUCGACAGUGCGGCUCCGAGCUUUCUUUUGGGGUGCUCUUCCGCUUACAUGGAAACAAAAGGCAGAUUAGAGUCUUCCGGAGUGGUAUACUCAUACUUAUUAGGAGGUUCACCCAUGGUUUUAGGAAACUUGUGGGACGUGACGGACAAAGACAUUGAUAAAUUCAGCAGCGUUAUGUUUCAUGAGCUGGGGAUCAUGGGACAGUCCUCGUCAGACAAGUCUGUUUCCGAAGCAGUGUCAAUUGCUCGCAGCUCGUGUCAUUUAAGGUAUCUAAAUGGAGCGGCACCUGUGGUUUAUGGACUCCCGCUGAAGUUUGGGUGGUGA